GAUCGAAAUUGAAGAAAUUAAGAAUGGAAGAAUUCUUCCAAUACGAUUUCACCACCCCAAUUUUUCCGGCGAUCCGUACUAACAGCAGCGCUUUCAUCCCCUAUAAUCACCGGACCAACUUCCCAAGGCUCACCGGCGGCAGCCGGAUUAAUGUGAAUCGCAGAAUGGUGGAGUUCUUGAGGAGGACCUGGAGUCCGCCGGCGCCGGCGCCGGCGGAAAUGGAGGUGAGAGAAAGGGGUUAUAGGCAUAUGAUUAAUGAAAGGAUUAGGAGAGAGAAACAAAAGGAAAGCUAUUCUACCCUUCGUGGACUGUUACCCAAUGGAACAAAGAAUGAUAAGAACACGAUCGUACAAGUGGCGGCGAAAGAGAUUGUGGAGAUGGAGAGACGGCGACGGGAACUGGAAAAUCAGAACAAAGAGAUGGCGGCGCGAUUGGGUAAGAGAUUGUGUUCGUUGGAUGGAGAAGAUGAGGGAUCUGUAAGUUAUAAUAAGAAGAUUAUGUUGAAAAUGGCGAAUCCUUCUUCUUCUUGUUCUGGAAUUGAUUCUGUUCUUGAGGUGCUUAGAUGUUUAAAGAAGAAUGGAUUGAAGGCUAAAUCUAUUCAAUCCAAUUUCUCUAACAAUCAGAUUUCAGCUGUUCUUCACAUCUUUUCACAGGUAACAAAUUAUCUCUUUCCUCUGUUCCAAAGUUUUCAAAUUUAG